AUGAAGCUGCAUUCGACAGCUCUUCUCCCGGCAUUCGCUGCCGUAGCACUUUCUUCUUCGGUUACGAUCGAUGCUGGCACACUGCAUGGUGGAAAAUGCCAAGGAAACCAAGGUGCAGUUUACUAUAAGGCAAUUCCAUUUGCCGAACCCCCGAUUGGAGAACUUCGAUUCGAGGCCCCGAAGGCCUACAAGAAAAUGUUUCCACAGGGCAAGCUCGAUGCCACGACCUCUGCUCCAACCUGUAUUCAGUUCUCGGAUGAAUUCACUCCGACCAAGUUGAACUCCUCCAAGCUCUCAUCAGAAGACUGGUAUGAUAAUAUUGAAGCCUUUGGCGGCGACCCGAAAAAGGUGCUUCUUUUCGGACAAUCAGCCGGUGCUGAGAACGCGUACAUAGUCGGGUCCCUUCCGCAAGCAUCAUCGCUGGUCAACAGUAUCAUCUCGGAAUCAGGCGGUGGUCGAAGUUUGGUCUUAAAUGCGACCCAGCAGAGUGUUGGGGCGUCAUAUGCCCAAGCACUAAAGUGUGACUCGAGCGAUAAAUCCUGCCUGCAGUGUCGCUCUAUUUCCGACUUGAGAAGUGCAUACACUCAUGAUGAUUUCCUCGGCCGAGGAGUAGGAAAUUACGACGCUCUGGGGGUAACUGGUCCAAACACCCAUACUUUCUAUCCCUAUGUGGAUGGCAAUUUUAUCACAAAGGACCCCCGCGACACCGGUGUCAAUGUCCCGACCGUGUUCGGAUUCAACGAAAACGAAGCUACCGUGUAUGCUGCUUCGUGGGCUGCCACGAAUCUUCAGAAGAAGAUCGUCCCCACGCCAUCAUUGUACAAGGACUUCCUCCGUCGAGACUUUGGUCCGGCCGCCUGGCUUGUCGAGAAGUACUACCGACCGUCGGAUUUUGAAGCAUUCGCCAAACCUAUCGCUGCGAGCGGCGAGCUCCCUGGAUACAACACGACUUCCCUUGCGAUUCUCUUUGCGAUGUCAAAGGUUGUAACCGACUCCACGUACAAGUGUCCGGCAUGGUACGGCGCGAUGCAAGCAGCACGUAAGGACAUCUCCUCAUGGACAUACGAGUUCAAACACUCCCCUAGUUGCACUUGGCUACCCACCAUCAGCCAGAAAUUGAUUUCCGUGUUUGGCGGCAGUCACACUUCUGAGAUUGCCUAUGUCUUUGGAAAUCUGGACAACAGUUACCUGGCUGGCGGGGAUUGCAACCCCACGUCCGCUGAGUACGCUCCCAGCGAGCAGAUGAUGGAUGCAUGGACUGCUAUGGCCGAGAAUGCCGAUCCAUCGACUAAGGAAAUCUCUUGGCCGAAGUUCAAGCCUUCGAAGAAUCUUUCCGUCACUCCUGGCGUGAUCAUCGAUAAGACUUCCGUGCCUGGCACUAUUGAUUUCAAGGGCUGUGAGCUCUGGACGAAGGUUAACUCAAUCCUGUCAACGAGCAAUGCUACAAUUACGGGAUCCUCCCCUAGUGGUCACAGUAGUUCGGCACCUUUUUCGACUCCCUCGCGGACUAGUGGAGCAGCAAACAUUCUCCCUUCAACUGGAGGCAUCCUUGCUUUGAGCGCGCUGCUAGUUGCUUUUGUUGGUCUGGCUUAG